GUCUCUCUCCUGCUUUUAUGUUACAUUAAACGUUUCAUCUCUCUGAUCGUAUCGACUAUCGAGAAUGGCAAAAAGUUUCAGAACCAAAAAUCUUGAGACAAUUUCGUUCGUCGACUGUGUCGUCCUCUAUCUGCAGCUCACCUCCACCGUUGGACUCCUUGAUUUACGAACGGAACCGGAGAAUCAGAUUCAGGUACGGCCGGGUGCAUCGUUCAAGAUCGCCUUGUUUGCUGACCUGCAUUUUGGAGAGGCCGCGUCGACAGACUGGGGUCCCACACAAGAUGCCAACUCUAUCAAGGUCAUGUCCAGUGUACUUGACGAUGAAACUCCAGAUUUUGUAGUGUACCUUGGAGAUGUGAUCACGGCCAGCAACAUAGCAAUUGCAAACGCAAGCUUGUAUUGGGACCAAGCAAUCUCUCCAACUCGAGCCAGAAGGAUUCCAUGGGCAAGUGUGUUUGGAAACCAUGAUGAUGCCCCAUUUGAAUGGCCAUUAGAGUGGUUCUCACCUCCUGGAAUUCCUCCACUUCGUUGCCCUUCAAACACUUCUUCAUGCCCAGGGGAAGAAGACUGUAGAUUCAGAGGCACAGGAAGAUUGGAGUUGAUGAAAAAUGAGGUUGAGCUUAAUGGGUUGUCACAUUCAAGAAAUGGGCCUAAAGAACUUUGGCCAAGUGUGUCCAACUAUGUCCUCCAACUCUCAUCAUCAGAAUAUCCACAUUCAGCCGUGGCAUUUCUCUACUUUCUUGAUUCUGGUGGGGGUUCCUAUCCAGAUAUAUCAAAUGCUCAAGCCGAAUGGUUCAACAAUAAAUCUCAACAUAAUAACCCUGACUCAAGGGUGCCAGAGAUAGUUUUCUGGCAUAUACCAAGUAAAGCGUAUAAAAAAGUGGCCCCAUUUUUCCGCAUAAGAAAGCCUUGUGUGGGUUCAAUCAACGAGGAGGAGAUUGCUGCUCAAGAGGCCGAAACUGGUAUCAUGAAACUUCUUGUUGAAAGGUCUUCUGUUAAGGCAGUUUUUGUGGGACACAACCAUGGCCUGGACUGGUGCUGCCCCUACAAGGAACUUUGGUUGUGCUUUGCUAGGCAUACUGGAUAUGGUGGGUAUGGAAACUGGGCUAGAGGAGCUAGAAUAAUGGAAAUCUCUCAGCAGCCCUUCUCUAUUAGAUCUUGGAUAAGGAUGGAAAAUGGUCUUGUUCACAGUGAAGUUGUCUUGAGUCCUUGAGGUGUGUCCACACAGUAUCUUGUCUCACCAGCUGUAUAUAUGUAUGUAUGGAAAAUAAUGAAUUAAUAACGCCAUUAUGCGAUAAGUUUCAGUUCUUCAA